AUGAUUAUUGAUUACUCGAAAUGGGAUAAUAUAGACACGGAUUUAGAACUAGAAAUUUCGCCUCCCUUAGUCCCUACGCCCCAAGCUCCUAUUCCAGCAGCCCCACAAUCAGGUAUACCAGCUACAACGGCGCCAUCUGCGAUAAUAAUAAAGGCAGAUCAUCCCAUCUUCUCCAAUCACGUACCUCCCGUCCCAGGACUCAUCGAGAUCCCGCUGGUCUUGCACCGUAUCGGCACUCAGUCCACAAACCGGGCCGACCUCGACAAUCAGAUUGCUACGUAUCUCAACAUCGAUUCAGAGUCCGGGUUUGCGCCGUCGGCGUGGCAGUCCUAUGUCGGCACCGUGCUGGUGGCGCGGAAGGAUGAGAAGCUGUUGCUGCCCCAACAUCUGGAACGCGUGUGGAUGUAUUGUGAUUACAUUCUGGAUGUCUUUGGGGAAGGAGAAAGUACGCCGACAAAUUUGUAUAGUCUAUCGAGCCAGAUUCCAGUUGUCGUCAUGGAUGACACGAAAGGCAUGGGAUUUCCAGGCCCAGAAAGCUUACAAUAUAGAUAA